AUGAGGAAGGCCGGAGCAGCGAGGGUGAGCUCGGAGGAGAUGCAGGAGAACAUCAUGAUGUCCCACCUGCUGAAGAGCGAGAGCGGCACCUCCCCUCAAGACCGUGAGUGUGAGACCCAGGCGGAGGCCCGUCGGGACGCGGCCCGCGUGGCGCUGAUGAACUCCCUGAUGAACGAGCUGCCGUCGCGCCACAUCAGCCCCCCCUUCUUCUCAGAGCUGAGGCAGGCGGCGGCCGACAGCGCCGUCUCUUUGGAGGACGCGUGUGACCCGGGCACCAGCAUCGGCACCUACAGCCUGCUGCUCCACUCCUGCAGGGGGCGCACCAUGCUGGAGUUCCAGGAGAUGAUGACAGUGUUCCAGCUGUUGCACUGGAACGGGACCCUGAAGUCCCUGAAGGACCAACAGUGCUCCCGAAGGAGUGUGAUCUCGUACUUCUCCGAGCGGGGCCUGGACGAGUCCCUCCGCAGCAGCAUGGCGCUGGACUGGCUGGAGCGGGAGCGCCGGGCGGCCGGGCGGCUGGCGGAGCAGCUCGCCGUGGCCCAGCGGGAGCUGGUGCUAGCGCGCCGCCGCGGCGUGGAGCUGCGCUUCUACAAGGAGAAGACGGAGAUCCUCAGCCUGGCACUGAGCCAGGCCUACACCCACCACCCGCACCACCCUCACCACCACCACCACCCUCAGCACCACCAGGACCACCAGCAAUACCCGGACCACCCGGACCCGUACGCGCCGUCCCCCGGACACGAGAGCGCCGGCUACGCCCGUGAGGAGGAGCUCCACCUCCGUCCGCCCCCCAUAUACGAGACGGUGACCCUGCCCUGGACCACGCCCCCCGGGAGCCCCUCCCCCAGCCUCCGCUAAAACACCUGACCGCUGACCUUUGACCUUUAACCUUUAACCUUUGACUCGGGCCCCAGGGUGAACUGAGACACGCCCCGAGACACGCCCCGAGACACGCCCCGAGACACGCCCCCGAGACACGCCCCCGAGACACGCCCCCGAGACACGCCCCGAGACACGCCCCAAGACACGCCCCGAGACACGCCCCAAGACACGCCCCAAGACACGCCCUGGCAUCCUGGGAGCAGACCGAGAGGAAGCAGACUGAGAGGAGGCAGACCGAGAGGAAGCAGACUGAGAGGAGGCAGACCGAGAGGAAGCAGACAGAGAGGAAGCAGAACGAGAGGAAGCAGACCGAGAGGAAGCAGACAGACAGGAAGCAGACCGAGAGGAAGCAGACCGAGAAGAAGCAGACUGAGAGGAAGCAGACUGAGAGGAAGGAGACUGAGGAAGCAGGAAGCAGCCUGAGAGGAAGGAGACUGAAAGGAAGGAGACUGAGGAAGCAGACCGAGAGGAAGGAGACUGAGGAAGCAGGAAGCAGACUGAGAGGAGGCAGACCGAGAGGAAGCAGACAGAGAGGAAGCAGAACGAGAGGAAGCAGACCGAGAGGAAGCAGACAGACAGGAAGCAGACCGAGAGGAAGCAGACCGAGAGGAAGCAGACUGAGAGGAAGCAGACUGAGAGGAAGGAGACUGAGGAAGCAGGAAGCAGCCUGAGAGGAAGGAGACUGAAAGGAAGGAGACUGAGGAAGCAGACCGAGAGGAAGGAGACUGAGGAAGCAGGAAGCAGACUGAGAGGAAGCAGACCGAGAGGAAGCAGGAAGCAGACUGAGAGGAAGCAGACGUAGAUGAACGAGUUCUGAGUUAUGCAAUAGAGAACUACAUACAAUGUGAAGUAUUCAAUAAGAUCAAAUACAUUUUGAGUGGCUGUCAUGUGGGUACCGUGGGAUCUUAUGUGGACAUUAAAAUACCACCACUCGUGCAGAUCAGGUGGUGAUGAACUAUUUGUGGUGCAGGUGGUCUAGGUUGCUAAAUCUGUUCCUGCAGAAUGGCACCAUUGUUGCUAGUGUUCGCAUAACAAUGGUACCAGUGUUUCUUUUAUCUGAUUCAUCUAAAUUAAACAUUGGCUUACUGAUUCAACAUCACAUGACCAGCUUUGAUAACACAAUAAGUCCGGCCUUAUGACCCACAUCAGAUAAACCUCAGUGGGAUACUUCUGCCUUCAUAGUUUUACUUUUGAAAGACACAUUGUUUGAGACGAUGGAUGAGUUUAUAAAGGGAAAUAUAAUAUGAUGAAAGUUUGUAGAAGUGUCUGAGCCUUUAUCUUGGUCAAAACAACGUUAAAAAAUUAUAUUAUUGCGCUGUAUUAUUUGAAUAUUAUUUUGUAUGUAACAUUAAGUUAUGUUACUAAUGUCUUUAUACACAAAUAUAUUUUUUUCUUAGUUUAUUAAAAUGUAUUGGAAUGCUGGUCUUU